CUGUUACUCUAGUCUAAAUAAAGUCUAAAAUAUCAUCAUUUUAAGUCUAUCUUUCUAUAAGAAUUAGCAAUAAACGCUUAACAAAUCAACUUCUUUUGUACACUGUUUAUUCACUAAGGCUACUGCAAAACCAACGUUGUUACAGCAGUCAAAAUAAUAUUUUAUGACGUAGGAAGCUAAGCACAUGAUAGAACAGCCGUAUUGCUCAGCUAGGCGCGGAGUUCAGAUGUAAACAUCCAAGAAACGAAUGUACGUGCUGUUGAUGAGAUCGUAAAGCGAUUACGCAGCUUAGGCCUUGUCAUAUUAUAAUGUCAAGUUCAGACAUUCAGCUCAAAAAGCAAGCUGCUGUAGCCGCCCUGAAGGCCGAAUGUGAAGAAAAAUGGACACAAAUUACACAGUUAUAUGAAGACAUCCAGACACACAAGAAACCCCAUGAUGAGCUUGUAAGAGAUGAUCCACUGUUAAAAAUCUACCAGGCAAAGGAGAAGAGGUUAAAAGCUGAAGUGGAGGUGCUUAAGAAUAAGGAGACAGAGGCUCUCCCCAAGGACCCAGUGGUACUUCACACCUUACUUAAAGAUGAACUUACCACCUCUAUCACCCAGCUAGAACACACCCUGGCCAUGGUGGCAGGACAGAAGGCAGAGAUGCUCAAACAGAUUGAGAGAGAUGAAGCCCGGUUGGAGGAACAAAGAGAAAUAAAGGCAGCCCUGGAGGUAAAGGUGGAAGAGAUCAUGGCACAAGAGACACCUGGAAAUGAAAGAAGUUAUUUAAAAGAAUUGGAGCAUAAAAGAAAAAGGGCCAUUGAAAAAAACAGAGAGCUUAUGUUGGAGAUGCGUGACUUUAUAGCAAAAUUCUUCCCGCCACCAACGUACAACCAAAUGAAGGAGUGGAGAAGGAGUCACCAGCAGCCAGGUUUAGGACGGAGGUCUAACGAGUCCUACACCAGUUCUGAUAGCUUGAAUGGUGACAGUGUGGUCAGUUUGCAAGAUAUGGUAGAGCAACUGAUGAACAAACUGCUGGACAGUCCACAUGACCCUUACCUGACCACUGACCAGUCUUACUGGCCUCCUUACUUGGAACUUCUGCUCAGGACUGGCAUUGCUUUAAAACAUCCAGAGGAUGGACACAGGAUCAAACUGGUCCCCUUUCACUUGUAAUCCUCAAAUUAAUGUGUGAGCAUGGACAGAAAUUCAAAUUUGUCCCAUUUCACUGGUUAUGCUAUAACUUUUAAGGAUGGGCAGAGGAUCAAACUGGUCCCUUUUCACCUGUAACACCCAGAGGAUAGACGUAGGAUCAAACUGUUCCCUUUUCACCUGUAACACCCAGAGGAUGGACGUAGGAUCAAACUGUUCCCUUUUCACCUGUAACACCCAGAGGAUGGACGUAGGAUCAAACUGUUCCCUUUUCACCUGUAACACCCAGAGGAUGGACGUAGGAUCAAACUGUUCCCUUUUCACCUGUAACACCCAGAGG